AUGUCCACCCUUGAAGAUCUCGAUGACCUUGAGCGUGAACAGAGAGACAAGAAGCAAGACCAAGGCGACGGUGACGGCGAUGGCGAUGGCAAGAAACCAGAAGGAAGAGACGGCGAUGCCGAGAUGAAAGACGCCGACGAGAAGAAGAAGGAAGAGGAGGAGGACCUGUUGGAUGAGGAGAUUCUCAGCUCGAGUACGGCGGAUAUCGUCAAACGGCGGAGGAUGCUGGAAAAUGAGCUGCGUAUUAUGAAGAGUGAAUACCAGCGGUUGAUGCAUGAGCAGAAUACCAUGAGGGAGAGGGUUAAGGAUAAUCAAGAGAAGGUUGAGAACAACAGGCAACUGCCGUAUCUCGUCGGAAACGUCGUCGAAUUGCUUGACCUGGAUGUCGAAGCCGACGCCGCUGAAGAGGGUGCCAACAUUGACUUGGAUGCCACGCGAGUGGGAAAGUCCGCUGUCAUCAAAACCUCGACCCGCCAGACCAUUUAUCUCCCCUUGAUCGGUCUGGUAGACCACGAGAAGCUUAAGCCUGGUGACUUGAUCGGUGUCAACAAGGAUUCAUAUCUCGUUUUGGAUACGCUGCCCGCCGAAUACGAUAACCGAGUAAAGGCAAUGGAGGUCGAUGAGAAGCCUACAGAAAAGUACACGGAUAUCGGUGGUUUGGAUAAGCAGAUUGAGGAGAUUGUCGAAGCGAUUGUGUGGCCUAUGAAGGAGGCGGAGAAGUUUAAGAAGAUCGGAAUCAAAGCACCAAAGGGUGCUCUGAUGUACGGUCCUCCUGGUACGGGUAAAACGCUCCUCGCUCGUGCAUGUGCCGCAGAGACAAACGCGACUUUCCUCAAGCUUGCCGGUCCACAGCUGGUGCAGAUGUUCAUUGGUGACGGUGCGAAGAUGGUCCGGGACUGCUUCGCAUUGGCCAAGGAGAAGGCCCCUUCGAUCAUCUUCAUUGACGAACUCGAUGCUAUCGGCACAAAACGUUUCGACUCCGAAAAGUCCGGUGAUCGUGAAGUGCAGCGGACAAUGCUUGAGCUCCUCAACCAGCUGGAUGGCUUUGCAUCGGACGACCGUAUCAAGGUCCUCGCCGCCACAAACCGGGUCGAUGUCCUCGACCCUGCGCUUCUUCGAUCCGGUCGUUUGGACCGCAAGAUCGAAUUCCCUCUGCCCAACGAGGAGGCUCGUGCCAAUAUCUUGCAAAUCCACUCGCGCAAGAUGGCCGCUGAUGAUAGCAUCAACUGGCACGAACUUGCGCGUAGCACGGACGAGUUUGGUGGUGCGCAGCUCAAGGCCGUCUGCGUGGAAGCAGGUAUGAUUGCGCUCCGGAAGGGACAGAGCAAGAUCAACCAUGAAAACUACGUGGACGCGAUUGCGGAGGUACAGGCGAAGAAGAAGGACACCAACAUGGGUAUUUACGUUUAG